AUGUCCAAAUAAUUAUUAUAUAUAUCAUUAAUUCAUGAAAAUAUUUUGCUGUUUGCAACUUUGGGUUACUUUUUGUUACAGACUAAUCUCAAAACCCAUUUGAUUUUAAGAAAUAAUUGUUUUGCAAAAACAACUCCAAGACACAUAAUCAAAAAGGCCAUUUAAAUAAAACCUAAAAUAAUUUUUUUUUCAUAAGAAAUAGAAAUCUGACCAAAAAUGCUGAAGUAUGGAAGUAAGCUUAAACUAAAAACCGCUAAAACACCUUCAACGAUUAUGUAUAUAAUUCUAUCGAAUUAAGAACAUAAUUUAUAUUUAUAGAUUAUACAGCAUUAAGUUAUACUGCUAAAAGAUAUUAGUAAGCAUUGCAAAAUUUAUUAUUCUUAGAAUAGUACCAGCACGAUAUGGAAAAAUAUAGAUCUGGAAAUGUCUAAGCCAAUAAAUUUUAUCUCUAGCUUUGCCAUUUGACUUUUUUUAUUGUGAUUGCUGCAUAAACUAAAAGAUUUUAAUAAUAAGCUAAUGAAGGUGAUAAAUAUUAAAGUUGCAAAACAGUUAGUUAAAAUGCUCCUAAAAUUAUCCAUUUGAUUAUAAUGAAGUUACAAAAUCACUUUAAAUAUUAAAUCCCAUGA